AUGGGAUCUGAAGAGCAACUUCAGGCUGUGCAGGAGUUGAAGGAUCAAUUUCGAUUGCGCAGCGACCGACUCAAGCAGCUGUCGCAACAUCUUCGAGGCGAGCUAGAAGAAGGUCUUCAUAAAAACAACGCCAAUGUGGCUAUGCUUCCUUCAUGGAUUUCCAAGCACCCUACCGGUCAAGAAACAGGCGAAUAUCUCGGACUCGAUCUCAGCGGUUCGUUUAUCCGUAUCUAUUUUGUUACUUUGCACGGUCAAGGUCGUAUCAGUACACGUCAACAAAAGUAUCUCAUCAACGACACAUUGAAAAAGGGGCCUGUCACCCACAUGAUCGAUUUUCUCGCCCAGAGUGUGGAUCAGUUUCUCACCUUUUUGGGCAAAUCCUCGGUCAGUGAACCUCUGGCUUUAGGCUUUGUGCUUUCCUUCCCGUUGGCACAGACCGCCAUCAAUAAAGCUUCCGUCCUCCAAUGGACAAAGGAUUUUGAAAUCACCGGCGCCGAUAACAAGAACAUUGCUGAAUUGUUACAGAUCGCUUUCCAAAAACACAAAACCCCGGUGGUCGUGGAAGCCGUGAUCAACGGUGCAGUCGGUUGUCUUUUGGCCCACAGUUAUCGUAGUCUCGAUACAUUGGUGGCGUGCACCGUCAGCACAGGUACCAAUGCUGCGUAUUGGGAAAAGGUGUCCAAAGUGGAAAAGUUGAAGGGUCACGUCCAGGAUAAAGACAAGGACGGCGAUAUGAUUAUCAAUACAGAAUGGGGUUCUUUCAGCGACAAGCAUCCGCAAGAUCUGCCACGUACCGUUUACGAUAACUGCGUCAACCGUUGUUCAGUGAACCCGGAAAUCCAUCUUUUUGAAAAGAUGGUGUCUGGCCUUUAUCUGGGUGAAUUAUCACGCAGUAUCAUUGUUGACUUUAUGGAUCGUCGUCUCUUGUUCGACGGCCAAUAUUCAAAGGAGAUUAGCACUCAGAAUGCUUUUGAAACAUCGUACAUGAGCGCCAUCAGUUCCGACGAAACUCCCGAAUUGGAGUCAACCAAACAUAUCUUGGAAGCCAUCAUGAAUAUUCCUAGUACCACCAUUGCCGAUCGACAAAUAGUUCACGCUAUCUGUGAAGCCGUUGGACGUCGAGCCGCGCGUUUGGUCGCUGCAGCUAUUAGUGCUAUCAUUGACAAGCGCAACGCGUUGGAAGAAGGUCUAACCAUCAGUGUUGAGGGAGCCAUUUAUGAACAUUACCCGAAUUUCCCUCGUCAUGUGAAUGAAUCUUUACGGUCUAUUUAUGGCGAUUCCGUCGAUCGAAUUAAUAUUGGCGUGACCCGCGACGGUAAUGGUAUUGGUGGUGCUGUGGCGGCCAUGAUUGCGCGAAAGUGCAAGAACGAGUAA